CAGACAGUUUUGAAGCAGAAAAGAGAGAGGUCAACUAUACCUUUCACAAGCAAGUUCUUUUCAGCUGCUUACUGGAAAAAAUAGAUUAGAUCUAAAUUUAUGUUAGUUUUCACUAUGGGACUGGAUAAAAACAUUACGCAAACAGAUUUAAAGUGUACGCUAAGGAGAAAGUUCUUUUUGACAGUUUCGUAUUUCAAUUUAUUUCAUGUUGUCUUAUGCCAGUUUGGUGGAACCUUUGCCUUUUUUUUGUGUGGUGAUGUUCAAAGAAAGAUCAGAGGAUGAAAAUACUGAAUUAUAUUAGUAUACUUCUUUGGUAUCUAUCAUGGGACUACCUGAAUUUGGUCCCUGUGGUUCUGGGCCAUGCUGAACAAGGACACAGUCAACCAGGAACUAAAGUAGGGAUUUCUUUAGGGGGAGGAAAAGAUAAAACCCCAUUGCUCAAGGUUAACACAUCUAGAACUGGAAACUUGGGCCAUGAGGUUGGUCUUCCAAAGACCAGGGCUAAGAGUGCUGGUGUUCAACCAAAGAUUCUUCCAAUUAAAAGUGAUGACUUGAAGAAGCAAGUUGCAAAAGGUUCUGCUUUAGAAAUCAAGAAUGAGGACUCUGAGAUAAAACAACCAGAUUGGAAAACUGGAAAUCCACAGCCUCAACAACAGAUUGGUGGUAGGGCCCCUACAAAAAUUGUUAAUGUUCAUGCAGAUUCUCCUGGGUUCAAGCCUAAAAAGUCUACAAACCCACAUAUAGAGAAAGAACAAAAAGACACUUUUAAACACCCCCUUAUCACUCCUCAUGAAUACAUGCUGUCAUUGUAUCGAACUCUAUCCGAUGCUGAAAAGAAAGGCAUUAACGGAAGUUUGAAACUGGAAGCAGGACUAGCUAACACCAUCACCAGCUUUAUAGACAAAGGACAAGGUAAGAAAUGACAGAUUAUCUUUUGUAAUAAAUUGCUCCAACAACAUCAUCAAAAUAUUUUAGAUUCAAAACAGUUGCAGAACUAUUACAUAUAUGACAUCUCAACAAAUUACAUUUUAACAGUGUUCCAAUAUGUGUCUCAACAUCUUCUAACAACUAAUUAUUUUCUAACAACAUUACUUAUUUUAGAGUACAUGGUAAUCACAAAGGUUUUUAAGGCAGUAUAUAAGCUUAUCUUUGUAAAUUAAUAUCCUUUUUUUAUUGUCUUAAAGAGAUGCACGCAUUCCCACCUAUUAGAAUCUAGCCCAUAGUUAGAUCUUUAAUGUCUUCAUGAUGAAGGAUUUGGCAACUGCUAUGACAUCAUUACUUCCAUGGCAAGGCAUUUGUGAUGAAAUGGUUAAUAGUCUGUGUAUUUCUUUAAAAUUUGAAAGUCGCUCUCCAGAAUGUAAAUAUAAGUUACUGCUAUGUUAUAACUUUACAUUAUCCCUUUUUAGGCUGUUCUGCACCUGUUUUAUACAACUUGCUACUCUGGUUUGGAAAAUGUGUCUAAUUACAUUGCAAGGAAUAGCCCGGUGUAUAGUCUGCUGUCCAGUCUAUCUAAGAACCCAUAAUUAAAUUUUUACAUGAAAUCUUCAUUUAUUAUUACUAGAUCAUAUAUAUAUAUAUAUAUAUAUAUAUAUAUAUAUAUACAUAUAUAUAUAUAUAUAUAUAUAUAUAUAUAUAUAUAUAUCUCGCGUGUGGCAUAUUAGCUGUGUAAAUAUGCAGUCGGACAUGUAUCAUAUUCUGAUGAUGAUUUGUCAAUAUCCGAUUAUUGUUCAAUAAAAUCCAUUCUUUUUUGAGUAAAAUGUGUCCAGUUGUUCUGUACAGGAACUGUGUGUGAUUUAACAAAAAUCCAUGCAGCUUGCAAGAUAAAAUAAACAACUUGUCCAACUUCCUCACUGAAAUUGAUACCAGAGAAAAUAAUUAGUGAAACCGACAAAACAACUUGGUAAGCAUGUUGCAGAUUCUAGUACUAACAAGAUUAAUAUAUGGAUUCUCUCUCCCCACUCUUUCUUUCUCUCUAUGUACCCAUAAGUAUUGAUUGUUUGCAUUUACAUUAUAAUGUUGAGAUAUUAGAACUUGUGUUUUUAAUUAAAUCAAUUUAAGCACUUCUCUGCCAUGUGUAAAAUGUUAAAACUAAAUGAAAGGCACUUUUGGCAAAGUAUUGUAGAAAACAUAUUAUAAACACUUGUAACUACUAAAAAGCUAGUUUCUACCAGUGUAGUUAAUCAUUUAAAUUGCUUCAUGAUAGAACUCCUUAAUCAUAGCAGUAAAAGAAAGCAAACGGAAUCUACAAAAUCUCCUGAGAUUGACAUCCUAAUAACACCACAUAGGGCAGCACCCCCCAUAAAAGAAAAAGGUUAUUUUACUAAUGAUAGUACUUAAUGCGACAUAGCAGUUAUGUAGACCUGCCAAAAAUCAGUAAUUUGGUAUGCACAAAAUGUGACAGCAUUGCCCUUUAUUAGUACAAAAAUUAAGUUAGUUCUGCAUUUGUUCAUGACCAUGAAACAGCACCAAAUGUUUUAUAGGAAGCAUCAAUUUUAAAGCAAUUAUGAGAUUUAAAACUAUGGAAGUGGUGAAAUGAGAUUAAAGGUUAAGCUAAAAAAAUGUAUCUUUAUGUAAAAAAAAAAAAUUAUGAUCCAAUUAUAUUUAGACUGCAGUAUGUCACUAUAUUGAAUAAUCAGGAAGCUAUAUCCAUGCACACAGACACACGAAUGUCUUACCUUAAUUUAUUAAGUGAAAUAAAAUCUCAAUCUGAUUUUACAAUUCUGUUGCUCAGGUGUUUUAUCAUCAUAAUCCAGAAAAGGUUCAACAAAAAGUAGUGCUAAAUUGGUUUGAACAGGAAAAUGCCACCUAAUUCAAUCAACUCCUGCUUCAAUUGCUCUUUAGAUUUUUCAUAUAUAUUUUUGCGCACCAUUUUGGAUUUGUUAUGAUUUUUGUUUUAAUCUUGGUAUUUAGGUACAAAAUAUAUAACAAUACGCCAUGUAUUACACUUUAAAUCUAUGCUUAUGUAUUCUCAAUUUGUUUUAGAUGAAAGAAUGACAGUGACAAGACGACAAAAAUACAUUUUUGACAUCAGUGCCUUGGAGAAAGAUGGCUUACUAGGUGCAGAGUUGCGUAUACUUAGAAAAAAGUCAACUGAUUUAAAAUUUCAACUGUCUGGAAAGUUCUCACAGAUAAAGUUAUUCAGUUGCCCAGCAAACAAAAAAGCAGCAAUACUUCUGGAUUCUAGACCUAUUGGCAAUAUUGAUUCAUCAAAAUGGGAAGUGUUUGACAUAUGGAAGCUGUUUAAAAAUUUCAAAAACUAUGCUCAUUUGUGUUUUGAACUUGAGGUUGUGGAUAAGGGAAAGCCCACUGACUUAAAAAAUCUGGGAUUUAACAGAACUGGAAGACAAACAAACGAGAAAGCAAUUUUUCUUGUCUUUGGAAGGACAAAAAAACGUGACUUAUUUUUCAAUGAGAUCAAGGCUAGAUCAGGCCAAGAUGAUAAAACUGUGUAUGAAUAUUUGUUCAAUCAGAGAAGAAAGAGAAGAGCCCCUCUUUCAACUCGUCAAGGGAAAAGGCCAAAUAAGAAUUCAAAAACAAGAUGCAGCAAGAAACCCCUUCAUGUUAACUUCAAGGACAUGGGUUGGGAUGACUGGAUUAUUGCACCUUUAGAGUAUGAGGCAUAUCAUUGUGAAGGAGUUUGUGAAUUUCCUUUGAGAUCCCAUUUAGAACCUACAAAUCAUGCAGUAAUCCAAACGCUAAUGAACUCUAUGGACCCAGAGACUACACCUCCAACCUGUUGUGUUCCAACUAGGUUAAGUCCAAUAAGCAUUCUUUAUAUAGAUUCUGCCAACAAUGUAGUGUACAAGCAAUAUGAAGACAUGGUAGUUGAAUCUUGUGGUUGCAGGUAGCAAGACCGUGCUUUGAAACUUAUCUGUAAACACUUAUGAAUCAAGGAUGAACAUUUAAAAGUGGGGUUACCAUUGAAAAAUAUGUCAGUUAUAUUUUUAUAGAGUAUGAUGAAAUGUUGCUGUUUUUAAACUUUGUGAAUACAGAAGAAAAACACACAUGAAAACAUAUGGCAUAAAAAGUGUUCAAGAAAGGAACUGAAAAUCAGUAGAAGAUUUAAGUAUAGACUUAAUGUUGAUGAUACUUAGAGUGUAAAUAUUGAUACCAGCUUUCCUUCAAGAUUGCUAAUGAUAGCAGAAAAAAAGAUUUUUUUUAAAUUAAAAUAUAGACGUUCUUCUAGAACCAUCUUAUACCUUGUUUUCUUUUAAACAGGCUGAUUGUGUUUGUAUAGUUAUUUUGAGGAACCCAUAAUAAACUUAGUAUGGAUGCUUUAGUGUCUGGAGUAUUUCAAGAACGCAACUGGAAACAAUAUAACUUGAUGCAAUAUUCUGAACCUUAUAUUGAAUUUUUGUUCCUGUUUCUAUGUUUUAAGGCUAUCAUGCAGUAUGAGAACUCUCCAGAGAAAAAAGUUGUCAAUUUUUAUUUUAUGGCAGCUCUCAAGGUACAUUUGUCAAAGUGUUAUUUGAUCUAUGACAUGAACCACAUAACUAAGAAAAAUUUAUAUUUUUCUUCCCAUUGUAUAUUUUCUUAUAGUUUGAUAAUUUAAGGCUCCAAUGCUUUGUAAAUGUGCUUAAAUGUGAUUUUUGUAAACACUUUUGGUAAAAGCCUUGAUGAUUCUUGAAUUGUAAAAAUCCAUUUAGUAAAAUAUUAUUUCAAAAUAAAUUAUCGUAAAGGACAUCUCUAUAUUUAAAGUGCAUGGCUCUGUCAAGUAUAUUUAGGUAUAUGUUUUGCCUAAACAUUUGAGAUAACUAAAGAAUGCCAUCUUUCCAGUUUAUAAAAUGUGAUAAAUAAAACAUAUAGGAAUUAAAGACAAAGUUGUUUUUUUCUAAAAAGCAGACAUGCAAUAACAACAUGGUCUUAUUGUACAAUUCCAUGCAACACUAAACAUUAG